UUAACCAAAAAUAUUUGCGUAGAAGGAGCAAUUAUUAUGUAUAGAAACUGAAAACCCUUUGGUUCCUUUUCCCAUGAUGCCUAAAUUCCCAUUUUUUCUGAAUUACGAAAGAGGCUUUGUCGUCGUCAUCAUGGCAUUCAACUGUUAGGCUCUGUUCGAAAGUUCCAGUACAACACUACCCAACUGGCACAACCCAACAUGUACUGUUUCUUCCCAGAAGGAAGAAAAGGAAAGGGGCGCUCCGCUGACGCGUUUUAGCGGCGGAAACAGUCGGUGUGCUGACUACUUCACUGCCUGUAUGUUGAAAUGGUUGAUAUUUGUCGGAUAUGUGGAGAUAGAGGUUUUGUUGAGGCUUUAAAUUUUUGUAAAGAAUGUCAGACUUAUCCUAUCCAUCGCUAUUGCCUAGAUGAAUUGCCAAAAUAUUUGGAUGAGUAUGUUCCUUGGCUUUGUGAAGAUUGUGAGGCAGCAAUUUUGCCAACAAUAAACUCUAAAGUUAAAUUAAAAAAGAAAAAGUACGUCAAACGACUCAAGAAGAAAAUUAAGAGGAAUGAUGUUUGUGAUCAGAGUAGUUAUCCUCUUCAACUACCUGAGGCACAAUGCAGUGAAAAAAAGAAUGAGUCAACACCUGGAAGGCUGGGAGAGCCAGUACUCGAAGGUGGGGCCAAUCUCGGUCAAGUCGUUACAUCAUCUGAUAUGUGUAAUUCUACAAGGCUCAACUGUUAUGUUGCACAACCUAUAGUAGAUCCAUUGUGGAGGGGAACUUUAAAAAUUUGGAAUCGAAGUUUGAGCAGAGUAGUACUUGUUGCUCAUAUGUCUAGCUUAGCAUGUUCAAAAGUGUACGAGGAGGCAAAAAUAUUACCUGAGUUACUUUCCGUUGAAUUACUUCGUAGAUGUGAUGUAUGGCCUAGAGGAUUUCAGAAAUUGGGGCCAACUGAUCAAAGUAUUGCUCUAUAUUUCUUUCCAGAUGGGGAAAGCCAAAAGGCAUUUGAUCUUCUGGUCAAUGCAAUGAUGUCCCAUGACCUAGCCAUGAAGGCUGUGUUGAAGAAUGCAGAGCUAUUAGUUUUUACUUCCGCCAUGUUACCAAUGAGAUUUUGGAGAUUUCAAACAAAGUACUAUUUGUGGGGCGUCUUUCGUGGAAAGCAAGCUGUGGAACCAAGAAAUGUUGUCGCUUCUGAAGAGAGAACUUUUGCCGAGUCAACUUGUACGCAAGGCCCUAUAAGUCCCAUAAGUCCUUUAAGCAACACCAGUAUUCUUCAUUCUGGUUCACUCUCUCCUCCAUCAUGACUUAUUGAUAAAUCAAAGUCAGUACUAUGCCUCUAAGUUUCUGUAGAUUCGAACUCUGACAUUGAUCUCCCGACAUAAUUCCAGUUGCUGACCAAAGGAUGAUGCCUAAGAAUUUAGACGUGAGGUUGGUAAUGGUGAGAGCUCACAAAGUUCUCUCACGUUUAAGUUCGAAACAAUUUUGGAGGAUCAGUAGAUUCUUUCUUUACCGAUGCUAGAUGUACAUAGUUCCGCCCCAACCUCGGCUCUUAUGAGGCUAUCUCGGUAACUUUCCAUUGGUUUCUUCACAGCUCCAUUGCCAUAAUGCUAAGGAAAGAGAAGUGACUAAGUACUUUCACCUUACCACCGAAGGCCAAGCAAAGUUAGGGGAACUGACUCCCUUUAUUAGUCUUUUGUGGUCUUUUGUUGGGGAUGACUUUUGUAUCGUGGCUUUGGUUUUACCUCUUUGUUGAUGAUAUGUGGGUACAACAAAACAAAGCUUAACGCGAAUGUCUAACCUAAAUAUUUUUUAGUGUAAAAAAACCUUAAAACUUAAUAUCUAACCUACUAUUUUUCAGUCA